UGCACUAUGGCAUUCUAAAAAAUCUGAUGUAAACAUCUUUAUUCUGAAGCUACCUACUGAGCUCAUAUCUUUGAGUUGAAGCUGUUUCUUCCUUGUAGUCUCUGAUUGACCUGCGGCUGUGACUUUGCCCUUGAUGGCCUACCAGUGCCACCACAACUGUCCUAAACGUUUAUCAAUAGCUGGAUCAUAAACCAACGAGGUGAAACUAAUGACUUGGAAGAGCAUAUAAAUGUCAAGUCCUCCAUAAACUACGUUGUUGGGUGACACUGUGCUUGGUGAUGACCUAGACUCAACCAUCAAUAGGAAAACUUUUUUUUGUGUGCUUAGCUUAGUUGACAAAAUGACAUCGUUGGCUGAGCUUCAGCUCGAUAGUUCCAAGGCAAGAUACGAUUUGAGAAACUCGGCCUACAUAGAUCACAGACACCAUAUUGACCACCAACAAUGGUCUUUAGGAAACGAAAGCCGCCAGUUAGGUUCAGAUACUAAGCGACUUUUUGGUAUCGGAGACUAUCUGAAUGAUUACACCAGAUAUGUGGAUGAAAUGACAGUGAUUGAACCUCUGCCAUCAUUGAUACCAACGAAGUCAUUCCCUGAUCCAUUUGCACAAAUAUCGAUGGAACAGCACUUCUCCAGGAGUCCUGGACUGGACGAGACUCAAAGAUGGCUCAGCAGGAGUCCUGGACUGGACGAAACUCAAAGAUGGCUCAGCAGGAGUCCUGGACUGGACGAAACUCAAAGAUGGCUCAGCAGGAGUCCUGGACUGGACGAAACUCAAAGAUGGCCUUGCCAAUUAGGAAUGCGGUGUAGAAGAAAUCCCUUCCAGGUUGAGGCUCGCUUUCCACGCCACGGAGGAGACUGGCUACACAAUUGGACCGAAUACAUGUAUAGGAUUGGAGAAUUAGGGGCAAAACAGUUGAAACAAACAUCUCAAUGAGAAACUACUUACAGCUCUAGGAGAGCUAGAAUAAUAUUGAGUAGCAUUUCUUGUACGUUUUAAUUAAUGUUUACAGCUAAUUGUGAAAUAGUUUUGUGUGUAUGCAAAUAAAUAAAUACACACAUACAUACAUAAAUUAACGUUUUUUAAAGAACUGCCGUGUUCAAGCCUCGCCUCUGAAAUCUUGCAUGCUAUUUUUUUAUUUUUCAGAAAUCAAACUUUUUUUACUUUUAACUCUGAAGAAUUCGUAUUUGUUUUCAAACCAUUGACUUUCAAUAAUGAAAUGAAUAAGAAAAACAAAUUCUGUCUAUUCGCUUUAACCCAGAAUAACAUUGUCAAGCAUAAUUAAAGAUAAAGUAAGAAAUAUGUUGGAUAUUAACCUCCUAAGAGAUCACGCACUUACGGUGCAUUUAGACUCCUUUGAUUGACACUUUGUUUCUGUAGGUUCUUUAACAAAACUCGUUUCAAUGCUUUCUCUAGGGGGGAGGAGUGGUGUAGCGAACAGAAGUUUAAAAGAGUGCAUCUUUUGGAUAUUGGCCUAAAAAUAGAUGCGCUACAUCUAAAUACAUUCUAGUUGCAAUAGAGUUAUUGCUUUAGGUUAUUUUUUAUUUGGUGUGUUUUGAACAUAAUGAUUAGAUCUUAGCUCCUAGUUUUUGUAGGGCAGUGUCCAAAGUUUCUACUAUUAAAUAGAUGAAAGUUUGUGAGCCACCAAACGUACGCCCAGAAUUUAAACACAAGUUGUUAUUGUACUAUUAUUUCAAAGUGAAAUCUUAUAUUACAUUGGAUUAGUGUGUCAUCUUUUCAAAAAUCAAAAAUAAAUAAACAAAUGAUA